CACUGAGCACAGUCUCUGCAUCCUCACUGCAACAGGGUGAUACUGCUUCUUAUUGAGCAAUCCUCUAAUAUUACAUCAACACAGCUGGUGGUGCUUGUCUGUACAUCAUGUCUCUCUCAGGCAGUUAUCACAUUAGAUCAUCCAGCCAGAGGGUGCAAAGUGGCAAUAGGGGCAGUAGCUAUGGAGGAUUCAGCAGUGGCUCAUUGUCUGGAGCUGGCUUUGGAGGAGGAUUGUCAUCUCAAAGUGCCAUCCUCAGCUAUGGUAGCUCAGGCUUUGGUGCGAGUGACAGUCUUCUGCUUGGCGGAGAAAAACAGACCAUGCAAAAUCUGAAUGACCGUCUGGCCUCCUAUCUGGAUAAAGUGCGAGCACUAGAGUCAGCUAACUCCGAGCUGGAGAAGAAAAUUAAAGAAUGGUACGAGCAGCAUCAUGCACUCAACAACAACCAAAACCGAGACUACUCCAAAUACUUCCAAGUCAUCGAAGAUCUGAAGAAUAAGAUUAUUGCUGGAACUACAGACAAUGCUAGAGUGGUCCUCCAGAUCGACAAUGCCAGGUUGGCUACUGAUGACUUCAGAAUGAAGUAUGAGAAUGAACUGGCCUUACGCCAGAGCGUGGAGUCUGACAUCAAUGGUCUCCGACGUGUACUGGAUGAAUUAACCCUCUCCAGAUCUGACCUUGAGUUGCAACUGGAGUCACUGACUGAGGAGCUUGCAUUCCUCAAAAAGAACCAUCUGGAGGAGAUGAAUACCUACAAAGGAAGCUCUGGCCAAGUGAAUGUUGAGAUGGAUGCUGCUCCUGGUGUGGAUCUUACCCAACUUCUGAAUGGCAUGAGAGCAGAGUAUGAAACACUGGCUGAGAAGAAUCGCAAAGAAGCUGAAGACUGGUUCCUGAAGAAGAGCAGUGAGUUGAAAAAAGAAAUUUCCGUUGGCGUGCAAGAAGUUCAAACAAGCAGAACUGAGAUAUCAGACCUGAAGCGCACAUUGCAAAGUCUUGAAAUUGAAUUACAGGCUCAGUUCUCCAUGAGAAACUCUCUUGAGGGUACAUUAUCAGAGACAGAAGGGCGUUACUGUGCUCAGCUCAAUCAACUCCAGCUUCAGAUUUCCAGCGUUGAAGAACAGUUGCAACAGGUCAGGUCUGAUAUGGAAAGACAGAAGGGAGAAUAUCUCCGUCUAAUGGACAUCAAGACAAGGCUGGAGAUGGAGAUUGAGACCUACAGACGCUUACUGGAGGGAGAACUAGGGAGUUUCAAUGCACAGCCACCCAAGUCACAAGCAUCAUCAAUAGAUUCAAAGAAAGAUCCAUUAAAAACAAGGGUUGUGAAAACAAUUAUUGAAGAAGUGGUUGAUGGGAAAGUUGUUUCUACCAAGAUGAAUGAAGUUCAAGAAAAGGUGGAAUAGUGAGCAGAUUGAAAAAGCAGGCACCGUCAACUACAUGCAGAAUAAGAUCAUUUGAUAUCACAUUUAAAUAUAAAUGCCCUUGUGUAAUACAGAGUGAAGAAAAACAUACAAUACAAUUAGCUUGCAUAAGCACUGGCGGUGUAUAGAUAAUAAUAUUGAGAAUGCAAUUUACAGUAAAUGCCGGUGCACAAAGAAGGCGCUUUUCAUUCUGAUCCUAUAGUUUUACCAUACAUACAAACUAGUCAUCAGUAAGAAAAUGGAAAGACAAAUGUUGACUAGGAAAGGGCGGAAACUGUUCAAUUAUAGGAAACUUAAGAUGUAAGUCAACAUGUUUGCCUGUGUUAGUUUGACGUAAUAAAGA